AUGAGAUUCUGUGCCUUUGUUUUACUUGCUCUUGUUGCAAUUGCUGCUGCCUAAUAAGAUGCUACUACUGAGAAUGAUAAAUAAGCCUAAAUUUAGGAAUGCAUCGAUAAAAUUGGAAAACCAUGCGAAAAUGGUACUACUGAAGAAAAGUAAGAUUGCAAUCUCGAAUUAGGUAAGCUCUUUAAUUGCUUAGAUAAAUGUUUUGAAGAAAACAAAGAAAACAAAAACGAAAUUUACAUUUGUUAGAAAUCCAAAUGUAAAUCCGAAAAUGAUGAUGCCUAAGCUUUCUAUGAUAAGAAGAUUUCUUGUAUGAACAAUGGAAUUAACAUUCUUGCUUUUACUGUCAUAGCUUCUGCUCUUGCUUUAUUAUUGUGA